AUGGCAGGCGUUGGUGCACACUCAACAAAGCAAGUCCUUGAACUUGCGAAUGACGCUUCAGAAGCAGGGGCGAAUUACCUCUUGGUCCUACCGCCAGCAUAUUUUGGCAAAGCGACAACUCCUGCAGUGGUUAAGAGGUUCUUUGCGGAUAUUGCGGCAAAGGCACUGCACCCAGUUGUGGUCUACAACUUUCCAGGUGCCACAAAUGGGGUGGAUAUUGACUCAGAAACAAUUGCUGAUAUUGUGAGAACGUCGAAGGAGGCGUCGGGUGGGAAGAGCAAUGUUGUCGGUGUGAAGCUCACCUGUGCGCAGGUCGAGAAGAUCACGCAGUUGACGGCGGCAUUCGGGCCCGAUGAGUUUGCCGUUUUUGAAGGACAGUCGGAUUUCUUUAUUGGUGUCUAUCGACCGGCUGUACAAGGCUGGGAGGUGGAGAAGGCGUUGGCUCUGCAUCGCAAGGCGGCUCUGGCAGAGUCUCCUCGCAAGAGCAAGAUUGUAUCUACCAAAUAUGCUGCCGCGAUUGUGUCGGCCUGUAGGGCGGGGAUUGAGAAUGCAGAGAAGUUCAUGCCGAGGACUCCAUAUGAGGCGGGAGAGCCCGCAAAGGCUAAUGUGAGGAAGGUCAUGGCCGAGGUUAUAGCUAUUGAGGAUAGUCUGUAG